AUGGAGAGCCGCAUCCGGCGGAAGGUGAUGCGGCAGCUCCAGCGCGACAUCACGAAGGAGAUCCAGCAGAUGCUGGGUGAGCGGGACGUCAUGAUUAACAGGCUUUCUCGGGAGAACCGGGAGCUGAAGGAGAUCUUGACGCAGCACCUCGGUGGGGGGUUUCCGGACGCCAACCCUCACCACUUCACCCUUUCCCCUCGCGAGAUCAGUUUAUAG